AUGGUGCCAAAGUGUAUCUUCUCCAUUUACGCCAUCUCCUGUGCGUUUCUGUUACUCUCUUGGAACAUCGGAGAUGUGAACGGUCAGCCACCGAAAAGAGGACGUGUAAGUGACCUCAUAAAACGGUUCGAGCAGGGGGGCAGCGAAGACAGACAACGAAGAGACUCGAAUGAAAAUAUAUCGUUCGAAAGAAGUUCACAAGGGAUGGAACCCCCCUUAAAUAGAGGACAAAACACAGCUAUCUAUGACGAACAGCAGCCAGGGACAUCAUACGGUCCAGUGCGUAGAAACAGUGCCCUUCCCAUAGAGAAAAGGUCAUUCAGCGUAGACGACGAUUCGGAUGAUGACUCUGACGAGGAUAAUGACUACGGGGGUAACCUCGAAAAUUACUACCAACGUGAUUAUCGCAACGAUCAGCAGCAUCAGCGUGGAAGCUCUCAUCAAAUGAGGCAAACAUACGACCAAGAAGAGGAAGAUGACAGAAACCCCAUAAAGUAUGGAAACCGAGAUGGCUACCUGGAUGACGAACCUCCUCGAAGAGAGGAAGGGGGAAGAAUGAGCCCAAAGGGUAAUGUUUAUUUAGGCAAAGAUUUCGAAAAUUUUAACAAAAGGUUAGGACUCAGAAUGGAUGACUACAUGAGCGAUACGGAGGACGAUUCGUUGGGCAUCUCAAAUAGCAGUAGUGACCUUCGAAGUAACGAAUCCAAUGCAUAUGAUGCCGACAUGUCCUCUAUUUAUGAAGACAUUCAAUUUGUGAAACCAAGAGACAAUAGGCAGACAAAUGAUCUUAUGCAACUUUCAAGGACGGAUAAAAGACGAAAUGCUAUAAAUCAUAUGAGUGGCAGUGGUGCAGAAGUAUCACCCUCCCGUGAAAGUGAAAGAGUGAGAGAUCCGAGCAGUUAUGUGUAUGACUAUGCUUAUGGAAGGAAUGGCUCAAAUAGGUCAGCACCUCCUAAUCUUUAUUCCUACCCAGAGGAGGACUUCAGCCGACAAAUGCAUCCUCCAACAGAGAACAAAAAAUCAAUGAGUAGCUCAAGUUCACCCCUACAGGAAGAUUAUAGCAAACCUUUAGACAGUUACACAGAUAGUUCCGACUCCAUGAAUCACCUUUAUAAUGUAAUCCCCGGAGAGGAGCAAUACGAGGAUGAAAUAAAUCGAAGAAGAGCGAAACCAGGGUACAAUUCGUUGGAUAAUGCCACACACCUGGAUCGUAGUGAAGUAUUACCAGUUAGAGGGAUUAAAAAAUCCGCUUCGUCUUAUCAGCCAGAGGGCAGAAAAAGUAAGAUGGACGAUUUUUUCAACAAAUUUAGGAAAAGCAAGAGGGUGGACAUGCCUAAAGGGGUGUCCCCUGGAUCGCAGGGCGAUUCUAAAGCAGCUCACACGCAGCAGCAGGGUUCGAAAAAUGACAGGCAAGUUUCGAAGACACCGAGUGUAGUCACCCUGUUUAGCACCUACCAGAGGGACCUUUUCCUGCAUAAAUAUAGCAAACCGUCUGGCAAGGUCGGCGGCAAGGUUGGCGGCAAUGUCGGAGCCAAUGUCAGUCGCAGUGCCAGUGUCGGUAGCAGUACUGGCAUAAAAAGGAUCUUUUCACGAAGUGGGAAGGAGGAUGGACGGUCCAUAACGGGAGAGCUACAAAUGGCCGCGGAACAGUGCAUAGUCAAAAAUAGGAGUAAGCUAAGCAGACCAGUGCUCAUGAAAAACUUAGCUUUUAACGAUCCAAAACUGUUAAAGAAUUAUGAAUACGCCGUUUCGUACAUUUCGGAUAAUUGCAAGAAUGGCAGCGCUGCCUGUUUGGAAAUCAGGCCCAUGAUAUAUAGAGAGGACGAUCUGGACGCAGCCAGCAUAGUCACUUCAUUACCUAACAUAUACAUUUUGAGUACCUACGAGUAUCUACUAACCAAUUUGAGAAUGUGUGGGUCAUUCAGAACGAUGGUAAAGAGUAGGGUAAAGGAGAAUAAGCUGACCCCGACGGAUAUCGUCCAGCUGCUGUCCAGCGCGUACUUCAAAAGUUGGGUAAACACCAUUUUGGUUAAAUACUUGAUAUCUUUCCUUAUGACGAAGAAGCCCGCAUUGAAAAUUUACUUUGGUGAGAGUUACGCCAAGUUAAGUGCGUAUAUCCUAGAUGCAGAAGUGAACAAAAUGAUCGGCGAAAUGUUGGAUGUGGCUCUCCGCUGGACUCAGGCAUUUCAACAGAAGUUCUCAGACGAAAGUAAUAGGAUUCUCUUGAGGGUGCACAAAAAGUUAGCAGCUUAUUCUAAGAACAGAAAUGGGAGGUUAGCCGGGAAAUUCAGGACCUUGGAGGAGCUCCUGCUUAGGCAGAAGGUGGCCAGCGACGUGGUGAGUAACCAGGACCAAGGGUAUCGGCUCUUAAUCCAAAACGUUUUGAAAUACGUGCAGAAUGUGCACUUCACCGUUAUGCAGUAG